AUGACCGUCGCGGGAGAGGCCCUCCAGACCAACAUCACCACCCUCGGGCCUCUCGUCCUCCCCAUGUCCGAGCAGCUCCUCUUCCUGGCAACACUCAUCGCGAAAAAGCUCCAAAAGAUGAAGGUCAAGCCCUACGUGCCCGACUUCAAGCUCGCGUUCGAGCACUUUUGCAUCCACACGGGCAGGCGGGGCGUGCUUGAUGAGCUCGAGAAGAAUCUGAAUUUAAGCAAGUGGGACAUGGAGCCUUCUAGAAUGACGUUGUAUAGGUUCGGGAACACGUCGAGCAGCUCGCUGUGGUACGUGUUGGGCCAGUAUGGGGCCUUGACAUCCAGCUUGGCCAAGGGCCCUUCAAAACACAGAGCCGGCGCUGGCCGCCGUCGCUCGACAUCGACCGAUUGCCAUUACAGGUCGUCGCUGAAGGAUAUCAUCAACAGUAUUCGGCAAGAUUUGGGGUUGGGAGACAUGGAGGAGAGUGGCGACGAGGGGAUUACCGGCGGGGAUGACGAGGGUACUGGCAGCGGGGAAUCCGAGGAGUGA